AUGAGUAUGACUGAAGAGCCGCUUACAGCACCUCCGUCGAAACAGGAGGAGUCUCAGAGUUUGGCGGUGGACAUCCCUGACCCGGAAACGAUAUGGCAAUUGGACCAGUUGUUGUAUCGUUAUCGGGCGAUUUCGCAGAACGCAGAGGAGAACAAGGCGGAAAUAAGAGCUUUAGAGCGGACUUUUGCGCGUCUGUCACAGCAACAGGACGUGUACGCAGAACGUAUCCAAGAGAUUCGGGCGGCAGCCUCGCAGGGGGCGGAAUACAGUCAGGAUGCGUUCGAAAAGCAGCUUAUGGCGUUGCAAUUGUUGAGUCGUGAUUUGUGUCUUCCAGACGAGUUAGUGAGCCAAUUAACAGGUGAAGAUCUCGUAGAAACCGAACCCAAUGGUCCACAACAAUUGACGUUGGAUCCGGUGAAACUGUCGUUGUCGUUCGAUAAAAACGCCCAGCAGUUUGGGCUCCAGGACAAAUUCUCGAAUCUGGGGUUCCCGAAAAACAAACGCAGACUGGGCAAUUACGCGAGUGAGACUUUCAUCUCUGCGAGAAUUGCAGAGCGUAUCCAGCAACUGGAAACUUUGCCCGCCAAUCUGGGCACGUAUGCGCUAUUCGACAGUUUAGAGUUCGUUGCUAAAGACGACGUGCCUUCCAGCGUCGACGAUUUGAAAAUCAAAGCACUCUUGGAGUUGAAAGCGCUUAAGCUUUUGACGAAACAAAAAUCCCUGAGACAGAAACUGAUCACUAAUGUGACCAGCCAAGCACACCACAUCAUCCCAUGUCUACGCGAUUCGCCGUUCACCAUGGCGGCGCAAAGGUCUGUACAAGUGCGCAGCAAAGUGAUCGUGCCUCAAACGGCGCGAGUCGCCGAGGAACUGGAGCGGCAACAGUUACUAGAAAAACGGAAAAAAGAGCGGAAUUUGCGGCUGCAUAAAGUCAAUGCUAUUGUAGAUCACGUUCAAGAGACCCAGGCAACGAAAUCAACGGCUCGCGAGAGAGCUGUGCAGUUCGGCAGAAUCUGUUUGUCACUUCACACUCAAAUCGAGAAAGAAGAAUCCAGACGGAUGGAAAGGACCGCCAAGCAACGUUUGGCGGCUCUUAAGUCGAACGAUGAAGAAGCAUAUCUGAAAUUGCUAGAUCAAACGAAGGACACGAGAAUUACGCAUUUGCUGAAACAAACCAACUCCUUCUUGGACUCUCUUGCAGAGGCCGUGAGGGUUCAACAAAACGAAGCUAAGAUAAAAAAUGGAGAAGAACUCCCACCUGUCACUGAUGAAGAGAGAGAAAAAAUUGACUACUAUGAAGUUGCGCAUCGUGUGAAGGAAAGCAUCACGAAGCAGCCAUCAAUCUUGGUGGGUGGUACUUUGAAGGAGUAUCAACUGAAAGGACUUGAAUGGAUGGUAUCACUUUACAAUAAUCAUUUGAACGGCAUUCUGGCGGAUGAAAUGGGUCUGGGUAAAACGAUUCAAUCCAUAUCUCUGAUAACUUAUCUGCAUGAAGUUAAAAAAGAACCCGGUCCAUUUUUAGUCAUCGUGCCGCUCUCCACAAUCACGAACUGGACUUUGGAAUUUGAGAAAUGGGCUCCAUCGUUGACAACCAUCGUUUACAAAGGUAAUCCAAACCAGAGAAAGUCUUUGCAGUAUCAAGUCCGAUCCGGGAAUUUCCAAGUCCUGUUGACGACUUAUGAGUACAUCAUCAAAGAUCGCUCUUCACUGGCAAAGCAUGAUUGGUCUCACAUGAUAAUCGAUGAAGGGCAUAGAAUGAAAAACGCACAAUCAAAGCUAUCGUUUACAUUGACUAAAUUUUACAGAACCAGGAAUCGUCUUAUUUUGACAGGUACCCCCCUUCAGAACAAUCUACCUGAGUUGUGGGCAUUACUAAACUUCGUCUUGCCAAAGAUUUUCAACUCAGCGAAGACAUUCGAUGAGUGGUUCAACACGCCAUUCGCGAACACAGGUGGCCAGGAGAAGUUGGAGCUUACUGAGGAAGAGAUGCUUUUGGUCAUUAGAAGAUUGCAUAAAGUCUUGCGGCCGUUCUUGCUGCGUCGUUUGAAGAAGGAAGUGGAAAAGGAUUUGCCGGAUAAAGUGGAGAAAGUGGUUAAAUGUAAACUCUCAGGUCUUCAACAGCAAUUGUAUGAACAAAUGCUUAAGCAUAAUGCGCUUUUCGUCGGUGCAGGCACAGAGGGUGCAACCAAGGGUGGAAUCAAGGGUCUGAAUAACAAGAUCAUGCAACUAAGAAAGAUUUGCAAUCAUCCGUUUGUUUUCGAUGAGGUGGAAGGAAUCAUAAAUCCUAAUAGAGAGAAUGGACCUUUACUCUACCGUGUAGCAGGAAAGUUUGAACUGUUGGAUAGAGUCCUCCCCAAAUUCGCGGCUUCUGGUCACAGAGUUCUGAUGUUUUUCCAAAUGACCCAAGUUAUGGAUAUAAUGGAAGACUUCUUACGAAUGCGAUCUUUGAAGUAUAUGAGACUUGAUGGUGCUACUAAGGCAGAAGACAGAACCGGUAUGCUCAAACUGUUUAACGCGCCAAACUCCGAUUAUUUUUGCUUCCUAUUAUCGACUCGUGCUGGUGGUUUAGGUUUGAAUUUGCAAAGUGCUGAUACGGUGAUCAUUUUUGAUACAGAUUGGAACCCUCACCAAGAUUUACAAGCGCAAGAUCGGGCACAUAGAAUAGGUCAGAAAAACGAAGUCAGAAUCUUACGGCUCAUUACCACUGACUCCGUUGAGGAGGUCAUUCUUGAGAGAGCCAUGCAAAAGCUUGAUAUCGAUGGUAAAGUGAUCCAAGCUGGUAAGUUUGACAACAAGUCCACGGCGGAAGAGCAAGAAGCAUUUUUGCGUAGAUUACUAGAAAAUGAAACUCCCAAAGACGAUACCGAGCAAGCGGAAUUGGACGACGAGGAUUUGAACGACAUCCUUGCUAGAAACGAUGAUGAAUUGCAGAUGUUCAACGAAAUGGACAGGCAAAGGGCAGCUGCCGAGGUCCAAGAUGCAAAGGCGCGUGGCCUUUCGCGCCCGUUGCCACGACUAAUCCAGACUAACGAAUUGCCUGAGGUCCUGACCGAAGACAUUACUGACCAUCUCCAGACCGAGCCUAUCGCCGCAGGUAGAAUCCGGGAAAGACGCAAAGUCUACUACGACGACGGAUUAACCGAAGAGCAAUGGCUACAGGCUGUGGAUGAUGACAAUGACACACUUGAGGAAGCCAUCAUACGGAAGCGUGAAUCGCGUGAGAAACGGCAGCGGAACAAGCAAGGAAGUGAUUCGAAAGAGGACGAGAUCGACAGCCUGGAGCCGACGCCUGAAGAGGAUAUCGUAGUACCGAAUGGCAAACGCAAUCGUUCGAAAAAAGCAGUAGUACAGGUAGAUCAGGAAAACGUGCCGCAACUGGACGAAGUCGAAGAACCGAAGCAGAAGAAGCCAAAGCUGAAGGUCAAGCUUUCGCUGAAGAAGGGAGACUCUGUGGCGCCGGUAGAAAAGAACAAUACAACUAAACCACGACCCAAAAAAUCGUUUGCGACGCAAGCCCUAACGGCGAACGUUCUUCGACUCGUGGAAGCGAUGCGUGCUCAGCUCGACGACGCCGACGAGCAUCCACGUACUUCUAUCUUCGAGACUCUGCCUUCUAAAAAACUGUACCCAGACUACUAUUCUCUGGUGCAAAAGCCUGUGGCGCUGGAUUCCAUCGUCAAGAAAGCGAAGAAGGGCGCCUACGAGGGAUUCAAUGACGUCAAGCAGGAUCUGCAACUAAUGUACGAUAACGCUCGUUUUUACAACGAGGAAGGUUCUUGGGUUUACACUGAUGCUGAUGAACUGAAUAAAUUCACGGAUGCGUGGUUCAGCGAAAACAACCCAUGA